GUGACAGGCAAUGAUGGUUGCUCCGUCGAGAGAUCGUCCUCCUCCUCUUAUAAGAACCGUGGCGUGGGCCAGAAGUCGUAGCGCGAAGCACCUUGUCUCAUCAGAGGCUUCGUGACGAAACAUCUACGAUCCUGCGGACUGCUUGCAGAAGAACGCUCAUGUCGCCACGUCACUCGCUCCCAGUGGUGCGCGUCUUUUGCCGCCACUCGGCUCUAUUGACCGUUCUCUCGGCGAUGGUGGUGUUCGUGCGCGGAGAACCCAUAUGCCAGGCUGGCUUGGAGUCAUCCGAAAUAUUCGAUUUUGGCGAUGGGAUAACUUUGACGCCCGACUGCACACAGCUGAGGGAGCCAAUGGUGUCUGUAACAGUGGAGCCAUCCUUGCAGAAGAUUAUCAGAGACUGGGAGGGCAAUACCUCAGAGAAGACUUACCACUGGAGCUACGUGUGCGAGGGAAAGCAACGGUGUUAGGGCCUCUCGAGACUACUUUGCCAAUCUACCACUAGGUUUGUUCUCCUGGACGUAUGGUCCGUAUGGAGUACCAAACCCUGUCUCCCAGACCCUACCGGUCGGUACCGUAUGCCAGUUUUUCGGCUGCUACUCGUACAUAACUCGAGAGCGUGUUGAGAGUGGAAGUUCCAACACCACUCGCUACGUCUUUGAGUUCAACACCACCUCCUGCAUCAUAGACUUAGACGAAUGUGAGGAUGGUUUGGCUGGCUGCGAGCAGUACUGUACCGACCUCACGAGUGGCACCAACAACAGCUACCAUUGCAGCUGUCGAAAAGGAUUUGCCCUAGCUGAAGACCUCCAUAACUGCACUGAUGUGGAUGAAUGUGAAACAGGAGAGCACAACUGUGACCAGAUAUGCACAGCGGAUGAUGACAGUGGAUGGUUCAACUGCUCCUGCAGAGAUGGGUUCACUAUGGGUGAAGACGGCCACACUUGCAUUGAUAUUGAUGAGUGCGAGACGAUGAAUGGGACGAUGCUGUGCCAGACAAACACAACAGGUCGUGAGUGUACCAACACCCCAGGCAGCUACCUGUGUCUCUGUCUGGAAGGGUUCGAGUUUAGCGACCAACAGAACAUGUGCAACGACACUGAUGAGUGUGCCACGCCUAACAGGAGCGCCCUGUGCCGGAAUAUCUGCAACAACACACUGGGAGGCUACAUCUGUACCUGUCCGAGAUGGUACACGGAGGUUGGAGAAGACAACUGUACAGCAAUGGAUGUGUGUACAGAGCUAGCUGUGAGCUGUGGCGGCCAUUCCAGCUGUGUCAAUUCUCCCGACUCUGAAGAGGGCUACAGUUGUGUAUGUGACUCUGGCUACAGACAAGAUGGGAACUCUUGCUCAUCUGCUGCUCUCGUCCACAUCAUCUGGGUCAUCACCCUGGUUCUAGCAACCACUACCAUCUUCCUCAUUGGCUGCUUCUUUGUCGCCCGACACAAGUACCUCAAAAACAAACGAGACAUCAUGAAGAAGUACAGCGUGCUGUUCAAGUAUCAAAUCAAGAAGGAGGAGAUUGAUCCAUCCCACAACCCAGUUCCCUUCACUCCCUCGAGAAAAUUCUCCUACACUUUCUCAGUCGUCAGCACUCUCGAGACGUACGAUUGCCCCCUCACCCCUACACUUCUGGAGCCUGACGAGAUCAGCAGCAUUGAAAGCUCCCCAGAUGCAAUCGGCCACCCUCUCACCGGACAAGUUGCUUCUCUUACCGACUUGGAAUCCUCGAAACGACAACUAAGCCCUAUAAUCGAAGGUAAUGAAGACUCGGCUUCAGUUGAAAAGAACGCAAAAGAGAACGACCCAAAUAAAAACACUGACAAACACACUGGUAAUAAUCCUACCACCGUGAAGGGGGAGGUGAAAAAGGGAUACCUAAACGUGGAGGUUACAAAUCCGACCAUUGUGGUGAUCACUGGACAAGAGAGCUCUACUUUCAGUGGCUACGUGCAAGAGUCAGAAUCAUCAUGCAACUUUAACUCUGAAACUAAGGCUGGUACCGAGUGUGCAGAGAUCACGAAAGGUCGGUUGGAGGCAGCAAAUCCUGGAUACAUUACAUCAUCAAGCGAGGGAGUUGAUGGUGGUAGUGGAGCCUAUGUUGAGGACUCUGGCGCCUUUUGGGAUUUGCCCCCAACAAAAGCAGAGGUGGAGUUACUGCACAGCAGCCCCAGCGUGGUCGAUCAUGAGCCUGAGAAAGAAGUCGAAUCACUGUCAGAGAAAGAACAGUGUUCAAUCACCGAAGAACACGCAGCUUCUGACACUUGUCCAUUGCACAGUGGCCCAACACACGAUAGCCUCUCAGAGCAGAAACCCUGUGCAUCGCCAGUGACUGGUGAUAGUGUCCCUCUCCCUCAUCCUCCACUGGGCAGCAUAUCCACAUCAACUGCGGCAAACGACGGGUACAUUCCCAGUAAUUUCAGCACCACUUCCAGCGGGUACGGAUCAGAGGAGGGCAACUCGAGCAGUUUCAGCCUCAGGUCGCGGUUCUUCUCCACAUACAGCUAUGUCCCCGACUCUAGUACAGCAUACAGUAUCAGUGGCAGCGAGGGCUACGUUCCCAGCAGCGUCAGCACCACGUCCAGCGGGUAUUACUCGUCAGAGUCUAGUGUCUGUGGGAGCAAUCCUUUCCACGGGCACAAAGUCCAGCAGCGCCUCUUACUUCCCGACUCGUAUGUGGACUCUGUGUUUUGUGAGGAAGACUCUGCCCUCUGCCCUGACGAUGGCUUGUCUGACACUCUCCACCCAUCUUCAUCAGCUGCAUGUGAAAAUCGAAAUGAAGCUGGAACGAAUGGUGGCUAUGUCUCCUAUCCCACACAUGAGAAACUGAGCCUCCCCCAUAAAACUACUGCUGCUUCUUCAACCCUGACAGAGAGCGUUGGUUACGAUUGUGACUCUCUCAGUAGUGACUGUUGGGACCAGGUGCGCACUAUAAAAGAAUCCCCUCCUAACAUACCAUCAACUACCUUCAACCCCUCACCCAAAGAUACACAUAUCAGCACUACAAAUCCUCUAAUGUCUGAGGGUCUCCUGCACGGUUCAAACAGUGGUUACAUUGCCGAUUCACAACUAUUGUUGACUACUGCUCUACCUCCAUCUGUAUAUACUGACCACCAAUACUGAUGAAAACAUCAGAGUUUAAAAUAAAUUGUUCUAUGUUCUAUUUAUUUAUUGUUUCUAUCGUAUCCAACAGCAUCAUUAUUUUUUAUGUGCAAAACUUUGACACGGAUGAGUCAUACGCAUGCGCAGAACGCGUACUGUUUUACGCAUGCGCGAUUUGUAUUAGCGUGAC